AAAAAAAGAAGUCAAAAUUUGGCCUUAGUCGUCGUCAAUGCUCUGAUAUGUAUCCCUCAGAAAACUCUCUACACGCAUGUAGACCGAACUGAAACCAAAGAGACAACCCCUGUGGACUAUCUAUCUAAUCAUGUCUCCGGCUCCGUCAACAUCAUUCAUCAUCCCCACACCUUUACUAAUGCUGAUCGCUGUGACCACGAUGCCGUUGCUGCUCGCCGGCGGCGAAUCGAUCCCGACGACUUUAGACGGCCCGUUCAAGCCAUCGACUCGCCGAUUCGACCCGUCUCUUCGCAGAGGCAGUGACGACUUGCCCAUCGAUCAUCCAAGGCUGAGGAAGAGCAAUGUCAGCUCCGAUCUCCCAGAACAGAUUGCUCUAGCGCUUUCUACUCCCUCCUCCAUGUGGGUUUCUUGGGUCACUGGUGAUGCUGUGGUUGGAAAAGAUGUGAAACCGCUUGAUGCUACAUUGGUUUCGAGCGAGGUUUGGUAUGGGAAGGAGAAAGGCAACUAUACGCUAAAGAAGAAAGGAAAUGCAACAGUUUACAGCCAAUUGUAUCCCUUUGAUGGCCUCCUUAACUACACUUCAGGCAUCAUACACCAUGUCCUCAUCGAUGGUCUUGAGCCAGAUACCAAAUACUAUUACAGGUGCGGAGACAGCUCUGUUCCUGCAAUGAGCGAGGAGAUUUCUUUUGACACUUUGCCACUUCCUAGCAAAGACUCUUAUCCUCACCGAAUUGCCUUUGUUGGGGAUUUAGGUCUUACUAGCAACACGACCACCACCAUUGACCAUUUGAUGGAUAACGACCCUUCACUGGUUGUUAUUGUUGGGGACUUUACCUAUGCAAACCAGUACCGUACAACUGGCGGCAAAGGAGCUUCCUGCUUCUCAUGUUCCUUUCCAGAUGCACCUAUUAGGGAGACCUAUCAACCUCGCUGGGAUGCCUGGGGAAGGUUCAUGGAGCCACUGACCUCCAAGGUACCAAUGAUGGUCAUUGAAGGCAACCAUGAGAUUGAGCCUCAAGCUUCCGGGGUCACCUUUAAGUCAUACUCUGAAAGGUUUGCAGUUCCUUCAACUGAGAGUGGCUCCAACAGCAACUUCUACUAUUCUUUUGAUGCCGGAGGAGUGCAUUUUGUUAUGUUGGGGGCAUAUGUUGAUUACAAUCAGACUGGAGCACAAUAUGCAUGGCUAAAGGAAGAUUUGUCUAAAGUUGAUCGCUCAGUGACACCUUGGCUGGUCGCAACAAUGCAUCCACCUUGGUACAACAGCUACUCCUCACACUACCAGGAGUUCGAAUGCAUGAGGCAGGAAAUGGAAGAGCUUCUUUACCAACAUCGUGUCGACAUCAUUUUUGCAGGACAUGUACAUGCAUACGAGAGGAUGAACCGAAUAUACAACUACACGCUGGACCCAUGUGGGGCUGUUUAUAUAACAAUCGGAGAUGGUGGGAACAUAGAGAAAGUUGACGUGGACUUUGCAGAUGAUCCUGAGAAGUGUCCUUCCCCUGGAGACAACGUCCCCGAGAUUGGAGGAUCAUGCCCUCUAAACUUUACUUCUGGCCCUGCCAAAGGCAAGUUUUGCUGGGACAGACAACCUGAUUGGAGUGCCUUCAGAGAGAGCAGCUUCGGCCAUGGAAUCCUAGAGGUCAUGAAUUCAACUUACGCCUUGUGGACAUGGCAUAGGAAUCAGGAUGUCUAUAAAGAUGACAGCUAUGGUGAUCAGAUAUAUAUUGUUCGUCAACCAAAUCUCUGCAUUUCCCCUGCAACAUCGAGGGAAGCAGGCGGAGGAAGAGAGACAUCAGGCGGCGAAAAUAGAUUGUCCUCUCCCUCAUUUCCAGUGUUCAUUUGGAUAUUUCUCAUGUUUGGCAUUUUAUAGUUCCAUCGUUUUGGGACGUUUUUGUAUAAAGCAAGAUGAAAUGAGUUCCUAUUGAGUGAAAGACUGUUUGACAAGAGACAAGAUAUUUAACUGUUGUUAUUUAUACUAGAUAUCUUGUCCGCAUAUGCGGGAUUAAUCGUUUUACAAAUA